AUGGCAGAGGUCUUGGGACAGAGGAGCUUGUUAGGCUUUGGUAUUCUGUUAGCCUGGUUGGUGCUGUUCCAUCUUCUGGUGAACAUAUGGCUGCUGUGUGUGUUCACCAGCCUGCUGGUAGUGCUGGGGGGCUGGCUUGGUUCACAGGCCAUUUUGGAGUCCAACAGUGUGGUUCACCUGGAGAGAUUUAUCACUCUGGAGCAGGUUCUCCCCUCUGUGGAGGAUGAAGGGCAGUUAGAUCAGGAGAUCCAGAACACAGUGAAGAAGAUCAUAAGGGAUUUUGUCUCUUCAUGGUACUCCACUGUUUCCUCGGAGAGGGGGUUUGAGUUUGAGGUGCAGGAAGCCAUGAUCUCUAUGGCAAUGGAGCUGAAGAAGCGUGCAAGACAGGUGGACAGGAAGGUACUGACUGAGAGGGCUCUCAAUUUAUGUGGCUGCCACCUGCAGAGCUACAUUAGAGCCAAGGAAUUUGUGGCUGAGCAGGAAGGUCCUGCGCUGGUAAAGAAUAGGGAUGAGAGGGACAGGUUGUGGAAGGUCUACUCCAGGAUAAGUGCACCUCACCCUGCUAUGAAGAGUGCAGCCUUGGAAGUCAACUAUGCCAGAACGUUAAUAGAUCUAAUGCUGCAUGUUUUGGUCCCACCACCGCACCUGGAGUCUCGCACGGGACGGUUCGUGGUCGGAGAGCUUAUCACCUGUAACGUCCUUCUACCUCUCAUUGCCAAGCUAUCUGACCCAGACUGGUUAAAUUUACUAAUAGUGGGCAUGUUCACCAGGUCCAGUGAGCAGCAAAAAUCUGUUACAACAGAACCAUCAAAUUUAUCACCACCUUCAUCACCUCCACUGACUCAAUCAGAGCUUACUGCACAACAGGAGACUGAACAUCGAACCCCAAAAGACAGUGAAGUUCCCUCAUGCCCCAUUAUUGUAAGGGCUGAAACUGAAAUGCACAGUCACAAAGAGGUAGUAACACCCGAACCAGCUGUUUACGAUGUGAUGGAUUCUGACGAGCUGUAUUACUCACAGAACAGCAUUGAAGAAGAUCCUCCUCGGCCAUUUUUUAAACAACACUUGAGACCAGGCAAGUUAAACCCAUUCUACCGGGACACUGACUCUGACCUGGACUCUCCAUUGGGUGACUCUAAACAGAGCUCCAUGGAUUCGCUAAUUAUCAUAGGCCAAGAAGAUAGUCUGGGUGAUAGACGAAAAGAAUUUGUCAUGCCUAAUGAGAACAAUAAUGGUGUGGACUUGGAGGCUGGUGAACCUGAACAAGAGAAUACCUCAUGUGUGAAAAUCCGGUUAAACUCAGAACUGCUAGAUCAGCCUGAUGGCUGUGGUACCCCGACUUUAAGAACAGCUGAAGGUAUUCCUAGUUGCACUAACCUUCAGGAGAAGUAUGGCAGCUCUACCCCUGCUAGAGAGCUUCUUCUUGGUGUAGAGCAAACAGGCCUGGGUAACCAUAAUGAGCUGGCCAUAGCCAGUCCACAACAGGUCACAUCCCCAUUGCCUUCCUUUAGUUUUGAACCCCUUAGCAGCCCAGAGGGACCGGUCAUCAUCCAGAACCUUCGCAUAACCGGAACCAUCACAGCCAAGGAGCAUCGAGGCACUGGCUCGCACCCCUACACUCUCUACACAAUAAAGUAUGAGACAGCCAUAGGUUGUGAUAACCCAGCCUGCGUCCUGCCAGGCUCUGAGAAUGUAGAGGCAGUCCACACAGGCUGUGAUAGCCCAGCGUCAGUUCAGCCGGUGGCGUAUCACAUGGUCAAUAGACGAUACAGUGAGUUCCUCAAUUUGCAAACACGCCUGGAGGAGAAGACAGAACUACGCAAACUUCUCAAAGGCAUAAAAGGGCCAAAGAAAAUAUUUCCUGAUAUGCCAUUUGGAAACAUGGACAGUGACAAAAUAGAAGCAAGGAAAGGAAUGCUGGAGACCUUUCUUAAGCAACUUUGUGCUAUCCCUGAAACGGCCAACAGUGAAGAAAUGCAGGAGUUUCUGGCACUUAAUACAGAUGCAAGGAUUGCCUUUGUCAAGAAGCCUUUUAUUGUGUCUCGCAUAGAUAAGAUUGUGGUGAAUGCCAUUGUUGACACCCUGAAAACAGCAUUUCCACGUUCAGAAUUACAGAGCCCAACUGAAGAUAAUGAAGGAGAGAUUGAUGGAGGGAAAAUAAUGGUUGACAAGAAGAACAAGUCUCGUCUGAGGUUCUCGAGUAAAAACUCCCCUUUUAUGAAUGGCUCUGACGUGAGACCUCAAGUGGUCUUCUCUUGCGAGCAAAACAACUCGAUAUUCAACAGUAUGUCUUUAGGGGAUCUGGAGGCCUUCAUCACUGGACAGGAGAGACAGAUCAGUGGACUGGCUGUGCAGGAUUCAGAGCCAUGGGGGGAAGACGGUGCGCUGGUUAGAGAAUCAGGAGCCUUUGACUCUCCGGCAAUCAGAUCGAGAGGAAAACAGAAUUUGGUUCCUGUGUCUGAGACAGCACUGGCUGAGGUGCUCCUAAACCUUCUGUGUCUGCUGCUGAGGAAUCAGUGGAGCUGGCUUUGCACUGAGAAUAUCCAGAGAACCAUCAGGCUGCUCUUUGGAACUCUCAUUAAUAGGUGGCUGGAUGUGAGCGUAGGCAACCUGAUGUGCAUCCGGAACUGGGUGGUGUACCUGCAGGUCCUUCAGGAGGCAGUAUGGCCGGCCGGGGCACUGCCUGCUUACCCCCGACCUGAGCGCAGCCAACAGCAGAAGGAUGACACCAGGCAGCAGGCCUUAUAUUGCCUAAUGGGACUGCUACCCGAUCUGGUCUCGGAUAUGCUGGGUUCAGAAAAACACAAACUUAGCUGGCAGACUGUACUGGAUUCUCUGCAAGACCCAUACAUAAACAGGCACAUGGUCUACUGCAUAUGCGACCUUCUCCUGGAAUUCCUGGUUCCUGAAAUAUCUGAGGAAGACUUUCAGUGUAGCCUUUUGCAGUGCCUGUCCAAGAACCCAGAUAAACCACUGGCAUGAGACAUGAAAGAACAAAACUGGACUACACACAAACAUGCUUGUACACACAUUUCAAUGCUUCAUGAAGGAGUCUGGUGCAGUCCUGUCAUGCAGAGUGGUCUUUCCCCGCCAGCUGUUAACGUCUCUGUCCAGCCUGUGCACACGUCCUCCUCCUCACAUUCACAGGUUUGUCAUUGACUGCUGUCAGAGAAAUUUAACUCUGCAGUCUAAAACUCAUUGUAAUAUAUUGUGUUUCUCUAAAAACUGGUGUGACUUGUAAACGUGUGACAUGGUUUUGCUCGUGUAAGUGAUUCAGAUCUGGCUGUCUUGUUCAGGGUGGUUGAUCGGCUGCGCAGGUUGUGCAACUGAAUUCAGUCACAUUGUUUUUGAUAUUUGCUAAAACAAUAAAAUUUCC